GGAAGUGACAGACGAGGAGGAGGAAAGGAGGGUGUUUUCAUCGUUCUUCCGCCGAUGAACGAGCAACAAGUGUUUUGGAGUAAAACUGGGAAUUAAACUGGUAAUACAACUCUAACGGCUUGGACUAAAGUCAAUUUUAAAUCUGGAGUUUUCACGCUGGACGUAGCGGAUACAAGAGUGCGUGGACGGCUCGAGGUGAUGGUGUCAUGGCCGCCUUGUUUACUGCAUCACUGUCCCAGAAUUCCUAAUUAUCUUGGCAUAAUUAAACCUAAACACUCGUGGAGCCAGUAAGGCGCUAAACACACAGAGUGUGUGAAGGAUGACGACCUCCCAUCUGAACGGCCACGUUGCCGGGGAGGGAGGAGGUCGAGGAGGAGACGAAGAGCUAAGAGGACAGCAGCACCGAGAAAUGGCCGUCGAUUGUCCUGGAGAACUCGGGAGUCGAACACUGCCGAUCCGACGAUCUGCACAGCUGGAGAGGAUACGACAGCGUCAGGAGGAUCUUCGGCGGCGCAAGGAGGAGGAGGGUCGGCAGCUGGAUCUGAACACCUCCCUCAGACUCAGGAAACUCUCCCAGAAUCCCAGCAUCGGGAUUGACAACCCCACAUUCCUUCAAGACUCUUACAUACCACAUCAGCCGGUGCUCGGCAGCCAGCACACUCAGCCGCUGCUGGAGUUGGAGGAGUUGCUGCUGUCACUGAAGCAGGUUCGAGGCUUCCUGCCUGACCAGCAGAGCCAGAAUGACGUAGAGCUGGUGCUUUCACUACUUAACAAGUCUGAUUUCCAGUCUGCGCUGAAGAUCCAUAAUGCUGUGGCCUCCAGCAUGCACCGACCCUCUCCUCCGUUCCCGCAAACACAGCAGGCGCAUCCACUGGCUAUGGAGGUUAGGAGCCUCAUGCAGUCCUGUCAGAGUAAAGAAGGACUCGAGCUGCACAGACUGCUGUCAGAUACAAACAUCCAGUCGUUGUUUCUGGCCCACGACACAGUAGCAGAGACAGAAAUGCAGCCUGAUUCUGAGCCUGUGGAAGGAGAAACUCUGACCCAGUUGGGAGGAGAGACCGUCAAGAUCAUUAGGAUCGAAAAGGCCCAAGACGUUCCUCUCGGAGCAACCGUUCGUAAUGAAAUGGACAGUGUUGUGAUCAGCCGCAUCGUUCGAGGAGGAGCAGCUGAACGCAGCGGACUUUUAUCAGAAGGAGACGAAAUCCUGGAGAUCAACAACAUCGAGAUCAGGGGGAAAGACGUCAACCAAGUCUUUGACAUUUUAGCGGACCUGCAUGGCCUCCUGACCUUUGUGGUAAUUCCCAGCACUCAAAGCAAACCCCCUCCUGUCAAAGAGUCGGUGGUUCACGUGAAGGCCCACUUUGACUACGACCCCUCUGAUGACCCGUAUGUGCCGUGCAGAGAGCUGGGCUUAUCUUUCCAGAAAGGAGACAUUCUCCACAUCAUCAGUCAGUCGGAUCCGAACUGGUGGCAGGCGUACAGGGACGGAGACGAAGACAACCAGCCGUUAGCCGGGCUGGUCCCAGGGAAGAGUUUCCAGCAGCAGAGAGAAGCCAUGAAACAAACUAUAGAAGAAGAAAAGGAGCCUGAAAAGUCUGGGAAACUUUGGUGCGCAAAGAAGAACAAGAGGAAGAGGAAGAAGCUGCUGUACAACUCUAACAGGGGUGACGAUCUCGAUGAAGAAAUUCUCACCUACGAGGAGAUGGCUUUGUAUCACCAACCAGCCAAUAGGAAGCGUCCGAUCGCUCUGAUUGGUCCAUCUGGCUGCGGGCAGGCAGAGCUUAGACAGAGACUCCUCAACAACCAACCAGAGCGCUUCGCAGGCGCUGUACCUCACACCACGCGGAGUCGUCGAGAAGGUGAAGUUAGUGGUCGAGAUUAUCAUUUUGUUUCCCGUCAGACUUUCGAGGCGGAGCUGGCAUCUGGGAAGCUGAUCGAGUCUGGAGAGUUUGAGAAGAACCUUUAUGGAACCAGUACAGACUCUGUUAGGCAGAUCAUCAACACUGGGAAAAUCUGCGUGCUCUGUCUGCACACGCAGGCUCUGAAGGUGCUGAGGAGCUCCGACCUUAAGCCUUACAUCAUCUUCAUCGCGCCUCCUUCCCAAGAACGACUUCGAGCUCUGCUGGCGAAAGACAACAAGAACCCGAAGCCCGAGGAGCUACGGGACAUCAUCGAGAAGGCCCGGGAGAUGGAGCAGAGCUGCGGCCACCUGUUCGACGCCAUCAUCGUCAACACGGACCUGGACAAAGCUCACAGCGAGCUGCUACGACUCAUCAACAAACUGGACACUGAGCCACAGUGGGUGCCCUGCUCCUGGCUGCGCUGAAACACAAAUACACAAUUCACCGGGGAAACGCAAAACACGCGGAGCGCAUAUUUCUGCAGACCUGACGAACUGGAUGGUAAACACGCUGAUGAGGCUCGUGUCUCAUAUUAGGGCUGAUGAUCUGACGGAGAUCUGUAGAGUUUAUAUUAUGAAGGUGUGUCAUCAUGAUGUGACACUAAACUAAGAAAUAUUGCACUAGAAGUCCUAAAAUCCCAACGUCACGUUGUCAUUUUACAAGAAAGCCCAGGAAACAAACCUUUCAGAUGUAUUAUAGUAUCUUGAGGGGAGAAAAUGUUAUUUGUAGCUUUACAAAUUAAUCAUAAAUCACAUGAUAUAAAAUUUAAAUUUUACACAAAUCAAAAUAUUACAAAAAAAAUAUAUGAAAUAUUAGAUUUCUCAGGUAAAAAUAAUGAACAAGCCUGUCUAAAGGUUCAAAUUAACGUUUUCUUUAAUAUUUGGGGAGAUUGAAGAAACAAAGCUAUCAAAACAAAACCUGUGUAGAGGUUUUUGUCCUUCUCACUACAAUUUUCUGACUAACUGUUUUUGUUUUCUGAUUCUGCCGCUGCCUUAAAACGUUUCUGC